AGGUGCAAGUUGAAGUGUUAAGCUAUCUACCUAAAUCUGGCUAGGGCGCCUAGAAUGGGGCAUACGCUUGGCACGUAAUGCGUGAGUAACUGGUCGAUUGCACUAAGCAGUCCUAUAAAAGCUUGGCCAGCAUAAUGCUCAAUCGAGAAACCAUGCGUGGCUGAGGCUGAUGUCAAGCUUUUUGCUCUGGAGGAAUACGCCGUAUCUGCAGCUUCUAGAUAAACAGAUGCCUGUCUAGCGGCAGUCUAAGUGAGAUGACUAACAUGCGUCAGACUGUGACGGGCAGCGAUCAGCGCUACAAUGGCGGCUCAGGCAAGGUUAUGAGACUCUCAUCUGCCGGUACCUAGCUCUGAAAUGAUGCCUAGCCGUAUUCAUGGGCGUAUCUCUCUAGUUAGAGAUCUUAAGAGGAUCGUAAUAACAGGAAUUCCCUUAUGGUAGCCUCGUGUAAUUGGAACUAUCUCAGCAUCUCCGCCAAAAUAGGAGCUAUAUAAGACGUGUUUUUCCGCCCAAGACCUCGACACUACCAGAUGCUCUCAAUACCAUCGCAGCUAUUGUAGCUGUCAUUACAAUGAUGCAUCGUCCAAUUCGUCCAAUUAGUAUCGCCAUCGCCUCCUUAUGUUUACCUACGGUUAUUGCCAGAUUUCUCGGGCCACUCAAUGUGCCCCCUGUUGAUCUCACCAGCGAUACAAGCCAUGUGCAGUCAAAGUGGGAAGAAAUCAGGUCGAUGCUCGAUGGCCAUCUUGCGGGCACAAAACGUAAUGAAGCGCUAUCUGGCCUUGACAACAUCACUUUCUCUCUUGGACUGUUCUCGGUGCAUGACGCAGAAGCUGCUAGUUUUCUCCAAUACCAUCACACUGGUCCCGACAUCAGAAACUCCUCGCUGGGCGUGAAGAAAGUCGACGGGGACAGCAUAUACCGAGUAGCGAGCAUGACCAAGGCCGUUUCAGUGUACGCCGGCUUGCUUUUGCUUGAUCCCGAUGACUGGAAUAAGCCGUUGACGGAAAUAUUCCCCGAAAUUACUUCGUUGCCAAAGGAUGACCCGGUUCAUCACAUUCAAUGGAAUACGAUUACCCCGUUCUCGCUCGCCUCGCAGAUUUCCGGUGUCCCGGCUAACGCGAGGCCGUUCGAUGCUGGCGAAUUUGCCACUGUAUUUCUUACGGACUCGAUAGAUCCGACGACUCUUGGCUUGCCGCCUCUCACGCUAAACAGCACAGGUCUCAAGGUGCCUUGCGUGGACCAGUACUGUUCUGCGGUAGAUUACAUCGAAAGCAUCCAAGCCCCAACAUUUCCAGUUUUUCAAACACCAGGUUACGCGAAUACGAACUUCAUCCUGCUCGGUAGAGUGAUUUCGAAGUUGACUGGACUUCCUACUAACGAAGAGUGGUUUCAAAAGGCCAUAUUUGGUCUGUUGGAUAUGACUAGUACCUCAUCUCUGUCUCCCACGGAGCCUCCAUACUUAGGGUAUGUCGUCGCCGGCGAUCCCGAAGCAUUCGCUUUUGAGGGCGGAAUUACGAGCUCCUCGGGCGGGAUAUUCUCCACAACCAACGAUAUCGCCAAGCUCGGCAUCAGUAUGCUAAACUCAACACUUCUCGCAGCUGAUAAGACACGCAAAUGGAUGAAGCCGACGGCAUUCACCGGAAGUCUCGACUUCGCGCUCGGCAUGGGCUGGGAGAUCUAUCGGUAUACGGAUAAGGUGACAAGCCACGUCACCGAUCUGUACACAAAACUAGGCGAUGCGGGCAACUACGCCAGUUACCUCGUCGUGGUGCCCGACUACGAUUUUGGAUUCUCAGUGAUCGUAACUAGCGGCAUCGCGACAGCGGCAGAGCGCAGCGCCGCGGCACGUCUGCUCGCGGACAUUAUCAGCGAGACUAUCCUGCCAGCGUUACGCGACCAGGCCGCCGCGGAGACAAAGCGUAAGUUCGAGGGCACAUACAGCAGCAGCAUGGGCAGCAACACGUCUACGCUCACGCUUGCGUACAACGAGACGGCUGGUGCCGGGUUUGGGCUGACGAUCACGUCCCUCGUCAACGAUGGUCACGACUUGCUUAGACUCCUCCAGUCCGUGCUCGGCAGUAACCAACUUGUUCUCGCGCCGUCGACGGUGGACCCUAAGACAAAGCGCCGCGGUUUCGUCGCUACGGCUGUCACAACCCCCGGCACAUACACCGGCCUAUUUUCCGAGAUGUUUGCUACGAAUGCGGAGUGGACAACUAAUAACGGCCUCACAUACGGUGGCCAGGCUUUGGGAACCUUCUACUUCGAUGUCGCGGAGGAUGGUCGGGCUGUUGCGGUGUUACCGGCUAUUUUGCGCGGGAAGAGAUUUGAGAAGCGUGUAUAAUCAUAUUACUGUGCAGUAAGCGGUCGAGUGAAAUUUGAGAGAGCGUAUUAUCUGGACUAUCUGCAUUUCCAUACGGCCCUUGACGCCGGCGAAGUUCGUAGGGUUCGCCGAGAAGACUGUGUUGGGUAUGAACAGUGCACGAUGCCUUAUUUCCGCCGCUGACAGGGAUUUUAUUAGUAGUAGAAUUAGGUAUGUUAACCGUCAUCCGCCACUCUAGGCACCAGUACUUUGU